AGAAUCUCAAACUCACAAAGAAAAUAUGACUCUGGAAAUGAAAAAAGCUAUUCCAUAUAGUGAGAAAGAGAAUGGUAACAAAAAACAGAGCACAGACUUUCCUAUGGCAGAUGUAAAAUAUAAUACUCUUGAGGAGGAAAUUCUAAAUCAUGUGGCCAACAGCAAAGCAAUUUUCAAGAGCCAACAGAAAGGAGAACCAGAGUUGACGUAUGAAGAGAAGCGUGCCAUAGCUGAGAAAUUGUUCAAAAAGAAUUACUGCUUAUUCCUAUCCAAAUUUGGACACUACUUGAAAGCGGAGCACUUGGAAUACUUUAGUAAAAGCGAGGAUUAUGAGACGGUUUAUCAUAUAAAUAGACUACAGAGAUAUUUUAAUAAUUCUACAAGACGUAUUGAUGUAAGGAACAAAAGAUAUGAAGCUCUGAAGGCAUUAAUAGAAAAAGGGGAAUAUUUCAGUGAAUGUGAAAUGAUGAAGAGGAAUCCGUUAUUGUAUGAACAUCUGGUAGGACAAUAUUUGACAGAAGAGCAAAAGAAAGCUAGAGAUACGAUUGACACACGUAGCAUAAAUUAUAUUGAUAUAUUAAUGGAAACUGUUGAAAGGAACAAAAUGCAAAAACAUCUGGAAUCUCAACAAGAACAGGAGGAUGAAGUACAAGAGGAAAAUGAUUCAGAUGAAGAUGAUGAUGAUGAUGAGAAUGAUAAUAGCAGAAACAGCAAUAUAUCUAAAACAAAUUUUAAUAAACAAAUUCAACCUCACUGGGGUGAAAAUUUAAAUAAAAUGAUUGAUAAAGACAGAGAUAAAAAAUUAUUAAAUAGUAAAAUGCAACAUAAAAUAUCAAACCAAGAAAUACAAUUACUCAGGCAAGAAUUUGUUACAAACAUGUAUGAGAGUUUCCUGGACGGUAAAGAUAAAGAUUUCGAUUAUAGCACUGUAGAUGAUAAUGAAGCUUAUGAUAAUGUAGAAUUGAGGAAUCAAGAUGAAGAAGAAAAAUAUUUUGAUUCCGAAGCCCCUGAAAUUGUUCUUCCACGUAAUGAAUGUAAUGACCAAAACGAAUCUGAAGAUGAGUUGGAUGUGUAUAUGAGAACACUGAAGGAACAGACAUCUACAAAUCCACAUUCUUUGGAUAAUCAAUAGCCCAGCAUACAUUAGGUUAUAUAUAAUAAAUACAUUUAUAUAUAA